AUGGUAUUUGUGAAGUCUGUUGAUGGAUCAGAUCUAGUUCAAGAUGCCAAAACUCUAUUCACACUAUUUUGUGAAGUCAUUGAGUGGAUUGGUUCUAAAAAUAUUGUUCAUGUGAUGACUGACAAUGUUCAUGUGAUGACUGACAAUGCAGCUAACUAUGUAGUCAUUGAGUGGAUUGGUUCUAAAAAUAUUGUUCAUGUGGUGACUGACAAUGCAGCUUAUGAUUUUAAAACCAACUUGUUGAGUGACUGGAGAAAAGAAUUGUAUUCUACACAUGGUAUGGUAUUUGUGAAGUCUGUUGAUGCAUCAGAUCUAGUUCAAGAUGCCAAAACUCUAUUCACACUAUUUUGUGAAGUCAUUGAGUGGAUUGGUUCUAAAAAUAUUGUUCAUGUGGUGACUGACAAUGCAGCUAACUAUGUAGCAUGUGGUAGAUUGAUUAAAGAGAAGUAUAAAAGUAUUUAUUGGUCACCUUGUGCUGCACAUUGUUUGAAUCUUGUAUUAAAAGAUUUUUCAAGCAUGCCUCAUGUGUCAGACCUUGCAUCAAAGGCAUCAAAGAUAACUGUAUUUGCAUAUAAUCAUAUGGUUUUCUUAUCAUGGCUGAGGAAAAGACCGACUUGGAAAGAAAUUGUGCGUCUUGGUGCCACAAGAUUUGCUACCACAUUUAUUACAUUGCAUAGCAUAUAUAUGCACAAGAAUGACUUGCAGGCUUUAGUUGUUGAUAAACACUAUGUGGACCACAAAUUAUCAAGGACUGAAGCAGGAAAAAAUUUCAGUGCAAUCAUAUUGGACAAUCGGUUUUGGAAUGAUUGUUAUCAAGUUGUGAAAAUUGUAUCUCCUCUUAUAAAAUUGUUGAGAAUUGUUGAUUCAGAUGAGAAGCCUUCAUUACCUUAUGUUUAUAAAGGCAUGCGAAGGGCAAAAAUGGAAAUUAAAGAGAUGUUUAAGAAGAACAAGGACAUGUAUAAGCCGCACACAACAAUCAUUCAAACUCGAUGGGAUAAGCAUUUGAAUCCUGCAAUCACAUAUGCUCCAGACUGCCCGAUCAAGUCAAAGUUAAUGAUGGCUUUAAUUGAUGUGGUAGAGUCUUACUCAGAUGAAGAGGUUGAUGGCUUCUUGGUAAUGAAACAAGCAACUACUUAUCGUGAAGCUAAAGAAUCCUUCACUAGACCAUCAUGUCAAAAAGCAGCACAGAAACUUGACCCUUUGCCAGAGUUGCAACGUGUUGCAAUGCGCAUUCUUAGUUAA